CCGAGGAAGAGUCGCCCGAGUGCAGAAUAGGUAUCGCUACGUCGCGUCGAACAAAUCGAUUUCGUAACGACCAGCGAGCGAUCAACGCAUCGUUUAAAAAAAAAUAAAAAUAAACACGUGUUCUGACCGAUCUGUGGGCGCCGGCAACAGCUGCUGCGGUCGACUGCUGCCUUCCGAUCAGCCUGGCAGGACGUGUUUGCUCGACGGCAAGUGAAGUGCGCGUCGGCUGGCUGGUGGAGGUGCCUUCCGAUGAUUGUCAUCGUUUGACGUGUGCCGCUGCUCUACUGUGCAACUUUCUGACGACGGCCGACACGGUGUUAUGCGAUUGCCCCAUUCACGAAUGCUUCUCCCGAACGGUGGCAACUUCGCGGCGUCGCGCCCUCAGCAGAUGCUGGAGACCCGGCGACACUCGACGUCGGUGGCGGGCGGAGGAAUGGUGGCGGCGCCGCCUCUGCGCCGCUCCACGUCCUCGGUGGCGGCGGCGCCUCUCGUGCUGCGGACGACGUCGCCCAAGCCGCAGCAGCAGCAGACCGCCGCCGGCAGCCGGCACAUAGUCCCGAGCAGCAACAUGGUGAGCGCGGUGGGGGCGCUGGUCGGGGUAGCUCGGGACCACCGCAAGCUGGACCGGAGCUACAGCGAGCCCGUGGAGCGCCGGCCGCCGACGUCCCCGACGUGCGCCACGACGCCCACCAGCCCGGCGUCGUCCGUGGCGCAGAACUCUAGCCGCUACAAGACCGAGCUGUGCCGGCCGUUCGAGGAGAGCGGCACCUGCAAGUAUGGCGACAAGUGCCAGUUCGCGCACGGCGGCCACGAGCUGCGCACGCUGGCCAGGCACCCCAAGUACAAGACCGAGCUGUGCCGCACUUUCCACACGGCGGGUUUCUGCCCGUACGGCCCGCGCUGCCACUUCAUCCACAACUCGGACGAGUCGCGCAAGAGCCUGCUCACCAACAUCAACCCGCGGCCCAAGGCGCUCUCCGUGGGCAGCUUCGGCAGCCUCGGCUCGGCGGGCGACCUGUCGCCGCCCUCGAGCCCCCUCUACGACGACCCCUUCUUCGCCGCUCCCCCCUCGACGGCCUUCUCCUUCUCGCAAGACUUCGCCGCGCUCGUCACUUCCCCGGGAUUCGCCGGGGGCUCGCAGCAGGUGUCGCCCUUCUCGGCGUUGUCGCUUCCCGAGAGCGCCUUUCAGUUCCCGGCUGCUGCUGCUGCUCAGAACCGCGUCGUCGAGGGACCCCCGUCGCCCGUCGACUCGCUCGGCUCCGAGCUGGACUCGAUGAGCGUCUCGGCUUCGUGCGGCUCGCCGAUCACCAGGCUGCCUAUCUUCAACAGGCUGGCCGCCAACGGCCGCGACUAAGUCGCCCAGCGCCCAGGUCCCUGCCCCCCCACCACCACUGACACGCGCGCGGUAGUCAACGAGAGCCUGAACUGCAUCUGCCAACAACCCGAUGUGAUUCCAAGCAACAUUUGUUUGUUGUUCUUUUUUUUUUUUUAAUUUUAGUUUAGAGCUUCUCCGGAUCCCUUUUAGCGGCCUAUUUUCUAGAAGAAAGCAUUGUCACGAUCACGUCGAGGACGUCACUUAUUUAUUACUUGCGCUCAUUCAUGUGCAGUUUGGCUCAGAUUGUGUUCCCCAGCAGGCCUGAAGUGAAAGCAUUUUAGUCAUUGACUCAGUUUGCAAGAAUCCGCACACACUGCAUCGUUUACUCAAAAGCAAGAUGAAACAAAUGUGCUGGUGGAACACUGGCUUUCUUCACGUUUGGGCAUUUUGGUAUGGCAGUGCAGACCUGGGGCUGCCAUUUUUCUGUGUUGUUUUUUAACGUGUGUGUAUGCGAAUAAUUUUAUUAUUACAAAUAUUUAAUGGCACACUGCUCAAGUCCUGAGGACCAAGCUUCCUGAAACGAGAGAGAGAAGGGGCAACAAAUUACGCUUCUUCGAUAGUCCAAUACACGUUUGCCAUAAUAAUACCUAGCUCUCUUGUGCACAGUCUUGUGCAGUAAUCAUGCGUUCUUGAGCACUGUGUAGGCAGUGCCAGAAUAUUUUGUUACAUUAUAUGAGUUGCAUAUGCAGCCUGGUUUUAACUUUUAUUAUGAAAAGAAAGCUCUUAUGUUCUGGCUGAGCUUCACCACUGUGCCUUCUCGUGUUUGGGUAAAGACAGGCUCUUAUUUGUGUGCUACUUUUUUUUCAGGUUUUACAAACUAUUCAGUGUGCUUGUGUUGUUCUCUUGCCUUUCCAUGCUUUCCUGUAUCUGUCGUAUUUAUUUGAUUUAAUUAUAAUAUUAUAUUAAUUAUUAUUAUUAUUAUUAUUAUUAUUAUUCAUUGUACUAUUUCAUCGGUUUUGUCAAGUCGUUGUGAGCAAAAUGUGUUUGCAGUCAGCAAGGAUGUCUGGUUCUUGUUUGCCUUUUUGUGCUGAAACCUGCAGCUCUUUAAGACGUUACAUUGUUUCCCUUGGCUUCACUCAAGUAAGUUGCUUACAUUGGAUGUCAGGUUAUCCCAGACUUUGUACAUAGGCACUGAAGAGGAAAAUAGACCGGUACCAGGCAAGGGAUAUUAGCUCUGUGAGCUUUCCUUUAUUUAUUACUUGUUUUCUAGGAUACGCAGGGCUGCUGCCUUGAUCUAUUCUCUUGCUGCAAAUUGUCAUCUGCCAUACGGAAAUACCAAGUUUUUCUCGUGCAAAGUUUACUUGGUGCCUGCAUGUUUGACUCUUCAUUUCAGCUGCUGUUGUGCUCUUGUUUUUACAUUUCUUGCUGUAUUUAAUGAGAAUUUAAUUUAUUUAUUGACAUUGGGGCCUCUGUUGGCUGCUUUCAUGUUCAACCUAGGCCCUCCCAAGAGAGGUUUCUUCACUCUGUUGUGCUGACUCUUGGCAGCUUCUCUUUCCACAGAAGCAGUAUGUGGGAGACUGCAGAGGCUAUGCAUUUCUUCUAAAUUAUGUGGGUUUUCUCUUUAUGUGCCUAGAAGGAUUCCGCUUUUUUUAAAGGCUUUGACCGUCAGAUUUUACACUCACUGAUUUGUAAUUCAGCCUCAUUGGCAUCCGUGUGAUGUCUGCAAUUAUUGGGGGUUAGCAAACAAAACGCAGUCUUCCGCUAAUGCGCGUUCAUCCAUCUCUUGUCCCUUUCGAAAUCAUCUCAACUCGUUAUUUAAGACUCGCAUCGUAGGCUGUCAAAGGGAUUACAUUGUUCAAAGUAGUGACACACAAACCGAUGAAGUACACGCACUACAAGAUCUCAGCUCUGGUAAAAACAGCUGGUGGGCUCUUGUCACCGUGUUUGUAACAGCCACGGUGAUGAAGUCGUCACUGGACCACUGCGGUUUCUCUACUGCCUUAAGCAUUUUUGUCGAAAGCACGUCAGAGCAGUUAUAUGUCUUAGCCCCUCAGGUCAGAUGUUGUAGUCUGAACUGACUAUUUAAGGAAUUGUAAAAGUGAUGCGUGAGAAGAAUAACUUAUUUAUACGCUGUCUCGUUGAACAUAGUUGCAUGCAAUCCAAGGCGUCCCAGUCAUCAUCUUGUCGUUUCAAAUCGGUGGUACUUGUGAUUAUUUUCCACGGUGCCUUCAAUCCAGGGAUUCCUGCAACGUCCCUGAACCAGGAUAUUGAAUUAGUAACAGCUUGAUUUGGGCUUGUCACCAAAGGAACCUGCCGAUUGCCUACUGAAAGUUUAUUCGAAGAACACUGGCCUUUUAUGCAGUUAAGAAUAGACACGGUGCUACACGAUCACUAAGCAAAGUCGGGCUUUCUUUCAGAAUAGAUGCCUUGUGUAUUCAAAAGGAAAGUGACAAUUGUGUCCCUCUCUUCUGUUAUCAGAAAGGUAAACUUUCCGAGAGGAAGAUUGCGACUUUGCUUAGUGAUUGUGUGUCAUGUGCGGGUGUCUACUCUGAGACUGGUCAAAGUAGGCAUUCGGUGGUCGGCACUUGACCUGUGCUAGUUGUUCCUUAAGUGUGCCUGUUGCUUCACUAUGGCGACUUCCGCAGUGCCGUGAAGCCUCUUUGGUGUGAUCGUUUGGGAAAGGCAUCCUGGCUCAGCGCCGUUGCAACAUCCAGGUGUUCUAGGAGCCACAUGCUCGGCUUGCAGUGCCAUUCCAAACAGCGGGGGUGGAAGGGGGGGGAUCUCAGGUUUUCGUUGAGGGGAGCACCCUGUCCAGGAACGAGACGUUGUGAUAGACGUUGCCAUGCGGUCUCCUCACCGAAUGGCAGACCAUUGCUGUGCAGUGUUCGUCCGCUGGAAAGUAACAGCCAGCGAGUUUGUUGAGCCGGUUGGCGUCUUUGGAAAGUGUGAUGCUUGUCACCGCCCUGUCAUAGCGACAAGACCGCUUCGUCUUUGCCGAAAGUGCCUUCCUCGAGUUUUUUUCUGUGGACCAGACGGGAGGUGUGUAGCAGAGCUGACCGCCAUUCUGUAUCUCCGUAUGCCGCGCCGACGAGUAGUAUUAGCACUCGAGGACCAAUUGUGCCGAGCAUUCCUGUGUGCACACACGUCUGUUCCAUACGCCUGUUUUCCAAGUGGCCUUAACAGCAUAUGCAGUACGAAUAAUAUAGACUGCAUAUAUAUACACAUAGAUAUAUAUAUAUUUUUUGUACAAUAGCGAUACGAGAACGGAAAUUCUAUAUUGAUAGCCUCCGCCCCCUCUCUUUUUUCUGUUAUAUGUGCACGUUUGCUGUUUGUCUUUGAACAGUACGAAUAAUUAAAAAGAAAUGAGACCAACAACAACAAAAAAAAAAGAAAUCGAGACUUUGUAUUAUGAAGAGAUAUGUCUUUUACUUAUGUGUGUGUGUGCGCAUGUGUGUCAAGAGAUGGAUUUUGAGAGCAACAAAUACAAGAUGUUUAAGUUAUUAA